AUGGGGGACAUUAAUGAAGAAAGAAAACCUACUCCGGAGAACAUGACCAUGCUCCAAGCCUUUGAAUGGUAUGUUCCAGACGAUCAUAAGCAUUGGCAAAGACUUCACGAUGCAAUCCCUUCUCUCAAAGCUACCGGUAUCGAUAACAUGUGGAUCCCACCCGGAUGCAAAGCUUCUUCUCAAUCUGGAAAUGGUUAUGAUGUGUAUGAUUUGUAUGAUUUGGGAGAAUUCGAACAAAAGGGAGGAAAGGGUACGAAAUGGGGUAACAAGGAAGAGUUGGUAAAAAUGGUGAAGAAAGCCAAUGAGGUUGGGGUAGGAAUCUAUUGGGAUGCUGUCCUUAAUCACAAAGCAGCAGCAGAUCAUAAAGAGAAGUGUCUUGCCCAGGAAGUCGACGAGGAAGACCGCACAAAGAACAUUUCAGACCCGUAUGAAAUUGAAGGCUGGCUCGGUUUUGACUUUCCAGGCCGUGGCGAUAAAUACUCGAAACAAAAGUACCAUUGGUAUCACUUCUCUGGCACAGAUUACAACGACGCAAACCAAAAAACUGCAAUCUACAAGAUUCUCGGAGAUGAAACAAAAGAUUGGGCAGAUGACGGCGAUGUUGAUUCCGAAAAGGGUAAUUAUGAUUACCUCAUGUUCGCAGAUCUAGACUACGGCCAUCCAGAAGUAGAAAAAGAUGUAUUGAAUUGGGGAGGAUGGCUUGGAGAUCAAAUCACACUAAAGGGAGUGAGAUUCGAUGCAGUCAAACAUUUCAGUGAGGAUUUCCUGGGAAAAUUCAUUACUCUUAUGAAUGAUAAAUACGGCCAAGGAUGGUUCUUUGUAGGAGAGUUUUGGAAGGAUAGUUUGGAUGAUAUGAACAAAUAUUUGGAUCGCAUGGGCAGAAAGUUUAGUCUUUUUGAUGCACCAUUGGUUUACAACUUCAGCAAAUUGAGUAAGACAGAAGGAGGAGACUUAAGAGGUGUAUUUGAUGAUACCUUGGUUCAGACUGCACCAGUCAAUGCUGUUGCUCUUGAAGCCCCUAUAGAACCUUUCUUCAAACCUCUCGCCUAUGCUCUCAUCCUCCUCCGCUUUGAUGGCUACCCCUGCAUCUUCUACGGUGAUCUUUACGGCAUAAAAGGCGAACACCCCUUCCCUCCAUCAUGCGGUGGUGCACUCCCAAAUCUUGCUCUAGCCAGAAAGCUCUACGCAUAUGGCGAACAAAAAGAUUACUUCGAUUACGCAACCUGUAUCGGCUGGGUAAGAUAUGGAACUUGGGAUCGACCAUUCGGUUGUGCGGUAGUAUUGAGUAAUGCGGGACCAGGAGAGAAGAGAAUGUUUGUAGGAGAAAUGCAUGCGGGAGAGAAAUGGACGGAUGUUUUGGGAUGGGAACAAGGAGAGGUAGAGAUUGGAGAAGAUGGAUGGGGAGUUUUCAAGUGUCCAGGAACAAGUGUCAGUGUAUGGGUUAAUGCUGAAGCGGAGGGGAGAGAUAGGUUCGGAAAGUUUGAUGAUGAUAUCUACAAGGAGUAG